AUGGAGCUACCGACUCUGCUGAUCCUCGCAGCACUUUUCCUCGUUUUCCGCUUCGUACAAUCGCGACGAGCUGCAGCAACGCCAAUGGAGUCCCACGGAAAGGUUGCUAACAUCGACAACGAUGUCAUCUUCAAGGCUCUAGUCCACUCGGGCGCCGCCGUUGUCGACUUCUACGCCACUUGGUGUGGUCCCUGCCGCGCCGUUGCUCCCAAGGUCGGUGAGCUGAGUGAGAAGUACCAGAACGUUCGCUUCGUGCAGGUUGAUGUGGAUAAGCUGCGUGGUGUGGCUUCCGAGUUCAAUGUCACUGCCAUGCCCACUUUCGUUCUCAUGAAGGAUGGUAAGGAGGUGCAGCGCAUUCGUGGUGCCGACAUUCGGGCUCUGGAGGCUGGUAUCCAGGCUAUUUCGGCUUGA